CGAGGAUAAGUCGCUAUGGGACACGGUAGUGCAAUGAAGUUAUCGGCGACAUUGCUGGUGUUGCUUCAUUUGUCAAUGCACGUUGUCGAUGAAGGGCAGGCUGUUAACCCGAGUUGUUCCUGUAUUCGCUUCACUUCUACAAACGGAAAGGAGCGCGGUACAUUUAGUAGUCCGGACUAUCCGCUGCCGUACACACGGGACAUCUGCCUCCUCUACACCUUCAUAGCCGCACCUCAUCAGAUAAUUGAACUGAUGUUCACAGAUUUCGACGUGUACAAAGAUGAUGUUGAAUGCAACCAAGGUGAUUAUGUGAAGAUCUAUUGGGAAGUCCAAGGCCCUGGUCCACCAGGUGCCAUCAACGAACGCUCUGCCUGGUCCAGAGCGCUGUGUGGCAACAGAGCCGACGUGCCACCGGCUUUGUACUCUCCUGGACCAUCCCUAAUCCUGGAAUUUUAUACGAGCUCAAGGCAAAAUAACAACACAGGAUUCCUCGGAACCUACAACUUUAUUGACAGACGUCUUUUUGAAACCGAAGGCGUCCAAAUACCGGGAACUGAAUGCGACUACCAGUUCAGCCGGUCCGGCAACCGUCCGACUCACGGUCGGCUGUACAGCCCACGUUACCCGUCCAUUUACCCCAACAAUGUUCGCUGCUCCUACCAUUUUCACGCAAGGCCAAAGGAUCGCGUGAAGAUAGUAUUUGAAGAAAUCUCCUUACAAAAAGGGGAUAUAAGUUGCCUGCGACGUGCGGAUAUCAUCAAAGUAUUCGAUGGGAGGGACACGAACGCGCCAACUAUCGCCAUGUUAUGUAACGAGAUUACAGGUUACGAGGUACUGUCAACGGGUCCCUCACUGCUGCUACAGUUCACUGCCAAUUCUGCGUCCCCGGGCCAGGGGUUUGCAGCCACCUACCAUUUCCAACCGCCCCCCGACUCAACUGCAGCUGAUUCAGAUCGCCUUUUGAAGCUGAGCUUCGGAAAAGCAUUCGAAUCACUGGGGCCUGAAGUUAGCGCCACAACUUCAUCCUGUCACCAGGAGUUCAAUAGUGAUGGGACGAAACAUGGUACCCUGACAUCACCUCACUAUCCUCUUGCCUACCCACCAAACACGCACUGCCACUACGAAUUUUUCGGGAGAGGAAAAGAGAGAAUAAGAUUAUUGUUUCAAGAUUUCUUGUUGUAUAAAUCUUCCGAUGGAUCUUUAAGCUGUACAAAUGUGGAUUCUCUUCAAGCCUUCGUUAAUGUAGACGGGCGGUUAGAAAACGUCGCUACAUUUUGUGGAGUCGACCUUCCUAAGCCAAUUAUGUCGAACGGUCCAAAGUUAAUGCUCGAAUUCCGGGGAACCCACUCGUCGAGGCAUUCAAGAGGAUUUAAAAUAUCUUAUUCGUUCGUAGAAAAUUUUGGAAUAACAACAGGACGUCAGCUGAAAGAAUUUCCUUGUGCAUUUGUAUAUAAUAGUAGCGAAGCGCACAAUGGAACAUUCGCAUCGCCAAACUCGCCUGGACCGUAUCCAAGAGACACUGAGUGCUCUUACUUUUUCCACGGUGGACAAACAGAGAAGGUUCACUUACACUUUACUCACUUUGAUGUGGAAGGUGUAUUACCAUGCGAGGCGGUAUCCGCAAGCGAUUACGUCGAAUUUUCAAACUACAUGACUGAAGAUAAUAGGUACGGUAGAUAUUGUGGGCAGAUGAAGGAAUUUCACGUGGAAUCUGAGAGGAACUUCUUCAAAGUAACAUUCCGGUCGAACGAUCGAUUAGACGGGACUGGAUUUAAAGCGAUAUACCAAUUUUUAGAGGCUACAGAUGAAUAUCAAGCUCCAAUCUUUGAUAAGGCUCCGAAAUCUUUGCGUUUGGUUGCUGAGCUGGUUCUCUUGUCUGUCAUCGCAACUCAUUGGCAUCGCCGACUAUAUCAUUGAUCAAGUGAUAUUAGAAUUAAUAUAAAUACUAUUAGUCUAAUAAUAAUCCUGUACAUUUUGUACUAUAGUCUGCGCCAAACACUGUAAUUUAAAUGUAGAAAUGCAAUAUUUUCUAUAAAAGUAUCUAUUAAGUUUCGUCUACUAUUACCAACUAAAGCAAUAUACCUAACACAAUAAAGUUUUAUU